UCCCACCAAAGGCCCAGGCAGGAAGGUGUUGGGAGGCAGGGCCGGGGCAGUUCUCUCCUUGCCUGUAAACUUGUAGACUCACAAAGAAAAAAAAAUGCAGUUUUAAAUAAAGAGAUUUCUUUUUUCCCUGGGUUUAGUUGAGAUUUUUUUCAAAACAACAACACUAGAAACCCUCCCAAAAAGAGUAAUUCUGAAUGAAGCCCCAACAGGUUUCUGUCCUGUCCUCACUACUAAGAUCCCAGAAUGACAACAGACCAGGUUACCCAUGUUGCCUAGCAACCUGCCCCAGCCAAGAUGGAGCGCGUGAGCCCUGUGUGUCGGGACUGAUGGAACAUGGUGGGCUGGAGGAAAUGAGACCCUCGGUGGGGUACAACCCUGCUCCGGGAGAGGCUGUGCCCAGAAGCUGGCAGUGCCCCAGGGCGGGGUGAGACCGCUGCUUCUAGUACCUGAAGGACUCUUGUCCCAGAGGCAGGAAUUCCUGGCAUUCUCUGUGAAGGGACAAGAUGGGAGAUGGGGGGAGGGUAGAGGGUACAAGCUCCACCUAGGGCAGUGGCCACAGCAGGGAAAGGGGCAGACAGCACCAGGAGCCUGGGGAGGAAGCAUGAUGCCAGCAGGGACAGCAGCUGGAGCCUGGGUGCUGGUCCUUGCUCUGUGGGGAGCCGCAGUUGGUGGUCAGAACAUCACAGCCCGGAUCGGAGAGCCGCUUGUCCUGAGCUGUAAGGGGGCCCCUAGGAAACCGCCCCAGCAGCUAGAAUGGAAACUGAACACAGGCCGCACUGAAGCUUGGAAGGUCCUGUCUCCCCAGGGAGGACCCUGGGACAGCGUGGCUCGAAUCCUCCCCAACGGUUCCCUCCUCCUUCCAGCUAUUGGAAUCGUGGAUGAGGGGACUUUCCGGUGCCGGGCAAUAAACAGGCACGGAAAGGAGGUCAAGUCCAACUACCGUGUCCGAGUCUACCAGAUUCCUGGGAAGCCAGAAAUUGUGGAUCCUGCCUCUGAACUCACAGCUGGUGUCCCUAAUAAGGUAGGGACCUGUGUGUCAGAGGGAAGCUACCCUGCAGGGACCCUUAGCUGGCACUUGGAUGGGAAACUCCUGAUUCCUGAUGGCAAAGGAACAAUCGUGAAGGAAGAGACCAGGAGACACCCCGAGACAGGGCUCUUCACGCUGCAGUCAGAGCUGACAGUGACCCCAGCCCCAGGAGGAACCACCCAUCCUACCUUCUCUUGCAGCUUCAGCCUGGGCCUUCCCCGACGCAGGCCCUUGAACGCAACCCCCAUCAAGACCCAUGUCAGGGAGCUUGUGCCUCCAGAGGGGAUCCAGCUGUUGGUUGAACCGGAAGGUGGAACAGUCGCUCCCGGUGGGACUGUGACCCUGACCUGUGUCAGCUCAGCUCAGCCCCCUCCUCAGAUCCACUGGAAAAAGGAUGUGAGUAGCCUAGGAAGCCUGAGAGGUGGGAAACCGUGGCAUGCGGAGGGAAGCCACAGAGCUGGGAAACUGGCAGGAGGAGGGGAGCCUGAGAGGUGGGCUGAAGGCACAAUGUGGGGCUGUGGGAAUGAAGGCACGAGUCACGAAUGUGGCCAGGGGUUCUUACCCAUCUCCCUCCUUCCCCACCAGGGUACACCCCUGCCCCUUGCUUCCAACCCUGUGCUGCUCCUCCCUGAGGUAGGGCAUGAGGAUGAGGGGAUCUACAGUUGUGUGGCCACCCAUCCCAGCCACGGGCCUCAGGAGAGCCCCCCUGUCAGCAUCAGCAUCACAGGUAACCCCUCCACAGAUCCAACUCCCUGCCCUACUCACAUGAUCCCCAAGAGCCAUGCCACCCCUCCCCUCAGUGCACCCAACACCCAGGCCUCAUCGGCUCCACAACAAUCCUGUCAAGAGAGAAGUUCACCCUGCCCACUCACUGAAGGGAGAUGCCUCUGGGCCUCCCCCCAGACAGCCCCAUCCGAGCUCCAGUCCUCCCUCAGACUACUCUUUGUCUUCCAGAAACAGGCCAGGAGGGGCCGGCUGCAGGUGAGGGACUGGAGUAGAGUCAGAGGGAAGCGUGUGACUGCCGCAUGUGACUGGGGCAGAGUCAACAAGGAAGGAGCCGGGUGCUGGAGCUGUGCCCUCAAUCUUCCCUAUGUCCCUACAGGCUCUGUGGGUGGGGCUGGGCUGGGGACGCUAGCCCUGGCCCUGGGGAUCCUAGGAGGCCUGGGAAUGGCCACCCUGAUCGUUGGGGUCAUCCUGUGGCGAAAACGGCAACCCAGAGAGGAGAGGAAGGCCCCAGAACACGAGGAGGACGAGGAGGAACGCGCGGAGCUGAAUCAGUCAGAGGACGCCGAAACAGCAGAGAAUGUGGCAGGGGGACCUUAGGAGAGCCCAGGCAGACUCUGUCCACCAGUUCCUUCCCCGCCCUCGUCCUCCCUCUCCCACGUACGAGCCCCAUUCCACCUCAUACUGUUCCUUCUACAACCAGAGCCCACCCGACCCAUGCUGAGUAAACACUUGACACACUUGC